AUGUCCGAGUCAAAGGCGUAUCGCAGCGCCUCUACUGGUACCACAACGCUUAACAACCUCCUCAUGCAAAGCUGGUUAGUCCCAGCCCUUGUGGUACUCACUGUUGCAGGACGUCUGCUUCUAUCCUGCUAUUUUACCUGGCAUCAUGCCCAGAAAGCUCGCAGGAUAGGCUGUGGAGAACCCCCUGUCUAUCCCGGCCAGGACCCUUUCGGUAUUUCCAUCCUCCUCGAGACACUUGAAGCAGCAAGAGAAAAGCUGCUCCCACAACUAGCAGAGAGGCGGAUGGCGUUUCUAUCCCGUCAGCAUGACAGAUACGUUUCUACCUUUCGUAUGUGUCAGGCUGGUCGGCAGAACCUGUUCACAGCCGAUCCUAAGAAUAUACAGGCUAUGCUGGCCACUCAGUUCAAGGAUUUCGGCUUGGGUGAUACACGUCGUAACGUAGCUGAUCCUGUUGUUGGCCAUGGAAUCUUUACUACUGAUGGCGAAAGUUGGUCGCGUUCCCGGUCACUGUUACGGCCUCAGUUUACGCGAGAUCAGAUGAGCAAUCUUCACAGAGAAGAAUGUCAUGUUCACAACGCCUUGCGUGCCAUUCCGAUGCUAUCUGAUGGCUGGUCCUCUGCGGUGGACAUGCAAGCCAUCUUUUUUCGUCUUACCCUAGACUCGGCCACAGAGUUUCUCUUCGGUGAAAGCUGCGACAGCCAGAUUGCUGCUAUGCAAAAGGAAGCGGGACAAGCCUCUGAUGAUACUUUCCUCUAUGGGUUUGACCGGUGCAUGUGGUACCUUGCGGAGCGACUCCGGUUCGAGCGGCUCUACUGGGUCAUCAACAAUCAGGAGUUUCGGAAGUGCAUCAGCAUUGUACACGCCUUUGUGGACAAGUAUGUUCACUCUGCUCUGAGGCAGGCGGAGCAGCAGGAAGACAAACCCAAGGACAUCGAAAAGGUUUCAUCACAGUAUAUCUUCCUGAAAGCUCUGGCUAGUACUACAAGGGACCCAGUUAAGUUGCGUGAUGAAUCUUUAAACGUCCUCCUAGCAGGCCGUGACACAACGGCUUCUCUACUGAGCUGGUCGAUCCUCCUUCUUGCACGACACCCGGACGUCUUCGCAAGACUUCGAAACGAUAUCCUCGAGCAGUUCGGUACUUACGAUCAACCACGAAACAUGGACUUUGCAUCUUUGAAAUCAUGCCAGUACCUCCAACAUUUUCUCAAAGAAACUCUUCGUCUCUACCCGAUCGUACCGUUCAAUCGCCGUUGCGCGGCAAAUGAUACUACACUCCCUUGUGGUGGCGGGAAAGACGGUACCUCCCCGAUUUAUGUCCGCAAGGGCCGCACAGUCAUGUACAGCACUUAUGUCCUACACCGUCGAAAGGAUAUCUGGGGCGAGGAUGCCGAAAUCUUCAACCCGGACCGAUGGAUCGGCCGUAACGUCACCUGGGAAUAUAUUCCGUUUAAUAGGGGACCCAGAACAUGCAUUGGUCAACAGUUUGCUUUAAUGAGGGCUAGUUAUGUGCUAGUAAGACUAUUGCAAAGGUUUGAUAAGAUUCAGGAUGUGAACUCUGAGAGGGAGAUUCGUUUUGGUGUUUCGCUUACUUCUUGUCCUGCUGAUCCGGUGACUGUGAGGAUGCAUCAGGCAGAGACAGAGGUUUGA